CCUAAAUAAAAUAAUAUCCAAUGCUUACUGUUUAAAUACUUACGUGUUAUAUGUCUUGCUAAAAUUACUAUUCAAGGCACGUUAUUCCUAGUGGUGUUUUCCCUGAUAUUUCCUACCCUCGUUUCAGCUUCUGUUAUUCCAUAAGACCUAUAUGUGCAGACAUGGCUCAGAAAAUCAAGUCGUUUGUGGUCAAAGUUUUUAAGAUGAACGGAUUUACAUUAAGAAGUGAAGGAAGCGCCUUUUUAACUGAAGUACUGGCACCUAUAAACGAAAUUGAAAGGGAAGACUUCAUUGACAAACUAUUGGAAUCAAUCCAAAAACAAAACUUGGAGAGUGAUAUUAUUGAGCGCGAUGUUCUUGAGCUUGCAGUUAAAGAUUGUGGAACACAUGAAGAGGACAGUGGUCAGACCUUCUCAGUAAUUGAUGCUUUUGAAGUUCCAAAGUUUAUUUACAGUAAAGAAAGAAAGAAGUUUUUAAGGGAAAAAGUUAUAAAGAAGUUGGAAACUUUGUUCAUUGGAUUUCAAGAUUUUCCUCCAGUUUGUUUUGUCUUCUGUGGUUCAUUUUGUUCCCAACCAUACGGACUCUCGCAUAGAACAAACUUGGAAGAUGGACUAAAAGCUUUGGCAAAAGUUUUGAAACGCUUUCCUUCUAUACUGGCACAAAGUAAAAUGGUGUUUGUCCCAUCACCUGAAGAUUAUGGUUUGGGUCAAAUUCUACCAAGGCCUGCCAUACCUGAUGUAGCAACAGAUGAGUUUUGUGCAAAAGUUCCAAAUGCUAUUUUUGCCUCAAACCCUUGCAGAAUUCAAUACUGCACACAAGAAAUGAUCAUCUACAGAGAUGACAUUGUAAAGAAAAUGUGCAAAAACUCAAUUCGUGGGCCAACAACUGAUAUAAAUGAACAGUUUGUGAAGAGCGUUUUAUCCCAAGGCCAUCUAUCACCUCUCCCCAUCCACAUCAACCCUGUGUAUUGGUCACAUGAUCAUGCACUGAGUCUCUACCCGGUACCAGAUGUAAUCGUGUUUAGUGACAGACACACAGAACCUUUUGACAUCACCCAAAUCGACUGCAAGUGUUUGAACCCUGGUUCUUUCUCAUCUGGAGAUUACUGUUUUAAAGUUUACUACCCAGCUAGUAGGACAGUGGAUGACAGUAAAAUUGAAGACUGAUGAACCUACAUACUGUACAUGAUGCUACACUACAGUAAGGCUGCUGCUCUUCAGUGCACGGGAGGGACACAGUUGUAACGAUGGGUUGAAUUUUAUGUCGUGAAAGCAGGCAGAUAUGAAAAUAACACAAGUUGCAUUGAAAGGAACUGGUGAGACACAAAGAUAUUUUGCUAAAUAAAUAUUACACUAGUUGUGCUACAUGUUGAUGCGCUAUCUAAUAAAUAAGAAUGUUAA